UACGUGAGCUAUCUUCUAAAUGAUGUGUUGAGUGUUUCUUAUCACCUGCAUUGCUUGUGGAAGCGUAGUGUUUUCGCAAAUAGACGGCAUAUUUCCACUUUGUUACUUGAAGAAGGUUUUUUUUUCCUCCAGUUUAGCGCACCGUUGCGAUCCCCUUUCCCCUUGAGCGGCUGGAUUCGAGCGGUGCAUGCCGGUACCUGCAGUCCCUGCUCCUCCCUUCUCGGUGCCGGCAGCGCCAGUGUGUGUGCUUUCGAGUACUACAACUCCCAUACUGGCGGUCCUUCUAUCUCCCCCUUUCUCCCACCAGACCAGAGCCUGUGAGCUACAGCACGGCUCGUCUUGACUAAACCCCCUCCCACCACCACCACUAUUACGGACUUUCGGACCCAAAAAUCGUCGAUCUUUAGUGAAUUUCUACCAACGGGACUAAAAUCCUUUCCUCUCGAUGCACCCUCGGCUUCCUUAAUGUGGCUCCAGCCGGUUGGUGUUUGUUUGCACUGUUUGACAUCGUUAUAUGGCUCGCUAAUUUCCUUUGGGAAUUAUUCAGUGGACAGAGACAUCGGGUCUGGGCUGUGUUAUGUUCUAACACCCUGGAUACCGAAUUGGUUCGCUAUGGGACGAAUGCAAUACCCUAUCGGAGAUAUUUCCCCGCGAUGACACACGGCUUGUCCUUAACAUUUGGAAACAGUGUAAUACAUAUCGGUAGUUGCUUCGAGGAGACUUUGCUGCGCAGGGAUCUGAAUGUUGCAGCUUCAACAUAGAGCACAUUGCUAAACAAGGACACUAUCUUCUAUUAUUUCUAUUACACCUCAAAUGGACCUCCUCCAUUCAGCACUCUUACUAAAGAAGAAAUUCUUGUACAUCUGCGACACAGUCAAAGGAAUGCUGUGUUGAAAAAAAAACAAAAAACGCUUAUGCAGGUGGAUCCCUCACCAAUGAAUGUAGGGGAUGGAGGCACGGUAAGCAAAGAGAGCAGUGCUCUUACACAGCUGUCAGAGAGCAUGGUGGGGAAUCCACAGCAGACACUGCCCCCUGAACUCAGAGGAGAUGUGCCUCAUGGUCAGCAGAACAAGCUGAGGACAUCUACAGACUGCAAAAUGCCUGGUGUCUGCUCUGAUGCCAGCAAGUCUAGCAAGACCAGCAAUUCAAACCAUUGUCCUGAAGUCCCUUCUUCCCAACUUUGCAACAAACCUCCUGCAUUCAGCACUGAUUCUUUUAGCACACAAUUACAGGAUAGAUUAGAAGUUCCCAAAGCACAGGCUGAAGGAGGUGCUACCUGCCCAAAUCAGCACUGGCCUUGUGGUAAAAAGGUUGGCUCAGAGGACUUGAUGAGCUUGGUUCAUAAUAAUGUGACCCAAAAUAAAAAAGCUCCUCAGAGCACUGGGCCUACCCAACCUGUUAUCAGUCGUUCACAAGGAUUUCAGUGUUCAACCUUUAAAGCAGGCCAACCUGUUGCUUUUCUUCCAUCUGCAAACUUUGCUUCUUCCCUUUGUAAGAUCACCUUGCCUCCAGGACUGGGCCAGAUUGCCGCUCUGAGAGAAGCCACAGCUACUCAGUUUCAAAAGGACUGUCCAGUGCCAUGUUCUGGCUCAAGUAUGACUCCAAGGCUCAAAACAUACCCUUAUCAGUUUUCUAUGGGACGAGGUGUUGCUGAGAAGAAACCAGUGUCAUCAGCAUCUAAAGGAAGAUGUGACCAUGGCUCUAAUGCAAAGGGCUGUAAAGGUGCAGGAGAGCACAAAUCAACAAUUUCUCCUGCUGUUAGCCACACUAUUGCUCUCCCAGCGCAACAGGCCACACAGGCCUCAGCCCCACUGACUCAUUAUACUAUCUCUCCCACUGCUGCCAUCUGCUGUAGCUCGGCACUGGCCAACAUUACCACUCAGAGCAGGCUUCUAAGCCUUGUAGAGAAAUGCCCCCCAUACAGAGCAAUCGAAAAGAAUUCUGUGUCAUAUUUAAAACCGAAGUCUGUAUCAUCUACUGAAGAACAUAAUGCUCUGUGUCCUCCAGAGGCCAGAGACGUACCUCUUGACUUAUCUUCAAAAUCCAAACGCCAAAAAAGCAUUAAGGAUGCUCAGAACAGCCCAGCUGCCACAACUGAUCAAUGCUUAUUUGAGCCCAAUCAGAAGAAUUCACAUCCCUCCAAAAGGCCUCAGACUUCCUCUUUUAGUUCAGUUUCUAAUUAUGCUCUUCUACCAGAUGCCCAACGAAAUGGCUCAGCCCAGCGAUCCACCUCAAAACUCAGCAAUCACAAUUUGGAACCCAGUGCAUCAUGGGACAAAGGCUCAUCUCAAGGUUCCUUAAACAACCUCCCAGGAACAUAUGUAGGGGUAGCAAGCCCUAUAUUAGCCUCUACCUUACGUAGCAAAGAUGGUAAAAGUGCUGCUUUUGUUGAAGACGUACAGAUAUUUGCUAAGCAAGAGACUAUUUCGAUUAUUGAUCAAGGUGAACAGUUGACCUCCAGAUGCAAGAAGACACCUUUCACAGGUAAGAGUGAUGGGCAAAAUAAAGGUGGUACUUCUGCUAGUACUACCACCCCUGCAGAGCAGGAGAUUUCAUCCAGUCCACUGUUUACUUCUACAAACUCACAAUCACCUAGGACUUCGGGUGGAAAAGCAGGGAUUCCACAUACACCUCCAAGUAAACCAUUGUGGCACCAACCACUUUUUCAAGGGAUGUCUUUGCAGAAGCGCUCAGCUCAGAACCAAGAACCAUCUAAGGUAAUAGACAGCCUGAGUUGUGAUGGCCCCUUGUUUCAUAAAUGUGAACUAAGCCCCACUAAUGUAAAGAAAGAAAAAGAAAAAAUGGAGAAAACCCUUUCGCCCCUAUCCAACUUGGAGUCAAUAGUAAAACAGAAAACUCUUGAGACUACUGCACUGACUGGUGAAACCUACUGCAAUCUGUCAUCUAUGGGAUCCAGGAAGCCUGAAGUGGUCAACUUGCUCAGCAGGUCUCAGAAUCCUCCAUUGCAGCAAACUGUGGCCACUGGCUUUACACCCUGUGUAACGUCAGAACUUCAGGACACUAAGACAGGAAGCAAUUCUCUCUUUACAGAUGCAAAAGUGGACAACAGGCAGGAGGCCACAAUUGUUUUUCUGCCCAAAGAGAAGUGCCAUGACAAACAAGAAAAGCAAACCGAAAAUUUCACAGGCCAAAAAUCUGAGCUCAGUACUCCUAAGAAAAGAUGUGCAUCCAGUAACAAAGCUGGCAAGAAGGAUAGUAUGCUGGCUUCAAAUCCUGAGGCGAGAACAAGAGAAAACCCUGCAGUGCAAAGAGAGCUCACACCUAAUUCAAAUCUGGAGAGCAUAUCCUUUCCUCAGCACCAGACUACAACAGAGGCAGAAGGAGAGAAAAAAAUUAAUGGUGGUAAAAAUUGUAGUGUUUCCAAAGGAAAACUACCUGUCACCAAACAGAGGAAACCACGGAAGAAAGAGAAGACCUCUGCUGAAACAUUAAAAAAGGCUGCAAUACUGAAGAAAAAACCUCGGAAGAAGGAGAGUUCGACAGUUGUUCAAGCUCCUAACUCUAAAAAAGGUAUAUCAUCUAUUGCAGAGGAGAGCCCACUGAAGCAGGGCCCACUGAAGCAGAGCCCAUUGAAGGAGAAACCAUGUCCAGUCCCUGAAGGUGGGGCUAAGAUUCGCAAAGGAAAGUGUCCUCAAGUUAAAAUAGCGCAACAUCCUGGUUGCAAACCUGAUAUUGAAAACAGCCCAGCAAGAACUGUGCAGGUGGAUCCUACUUUUCUCAUCAAGACUGAUCAGCCCUGUAAGAAAUCUAACGUGCAGCAAGUAUCCUCUCCAAGGCCAAAGCGAGGGCGCCGACGUACUGAUGAUGCUUUACUCCGAGAUUGGAGCUUUGCUUCUCCCCCUACACCUUCUCCUCCCCCAGAAUCCCCUUCUUCCCUUCUUUUGCCAAGUCUUGUUUUCCCACUUAGACGACCUCGGGGCAGGCCUCGUCUUAAUCCACUGCCUGAAGGUGCAGACACAGACAGCAUUAAACCUGCCCAGGUGGCAGGGAGAGAAGACCAGGCCUCUGCAAAAAAGAGAAAGCGAUGCAGGAACCGAAAGUACCAGAAUGGGGAGUAUGUAACAGAUAAGGAAAAGGAAGCCAACAGGGAGAAUGAGAGGAUUGUGGAUGGAGAUAAUGAAGAAACAGAUGUGGACCCUCCUAUUACUGCCACUUUGCCGUGUGAAGGUUCCAGUCCUGACAUCAGCCCCAAGAAGUCCCUGAACACCCGUUCAGGGGUUACGCGUCUUCAGGAGAGUCCAUCCACCCCUGAUUUUAAUGACAAACCUCCAGGAAAGAGAAAAUUUAAGAGCAAGCACUUGUGUGAUGCUGAGGAACAGAAAAAGCAAAAGAUCAAACGGGGCUUUGCAGGAAAGCGCUCUACAUGCCUCUCUACAGAUGAGGAUAGCCCUAUGGCCAAAAAACCUUCCACUACAUUCUUUGCCCCAAAGGAAUCAUCAUCUCCUUUCCCUAAAAAGAAAGGUCCUGGAAAGGUCAGGAUCACAGAAUCCACACCAAUCCGUCCUGUACCUCCAGAAGUUCGCCGAUUGAUUGUGAACAAAAAUGCAGGGGAGACUUUGUUACAAAGAGCUGCAAGGCUAGGAUACCAGGAAGUGGUGCUGUAUUGCUUGGAGAAGGAUGUAAGAGAGGUGAACCGCCGAGACAAUGCUGGCUACACAGCACUGCAUGAGGCAUGUGCUCGUGGUUGGACGCACAUUGUGCAGGUGCUGCUGAAACAUGGUGCCGAUGUCAACUGUAGUGCACAAGAUGGGACACGCCCCAUUCAUGAUGCGGUUGCGGCUGAUAGCCUGGCAGUAGUGUGGAUGCUGUUAAACCACGGUGCAGAUCCAACGCUGGCCACCUACUCUGGCCAAACAGCUGUUAAACUGGCCCAAAGUCCCAGCAUGAAAACCUUCCUCAAAGAGUACUUCACUGACCUAGAAGGACGCCAUGAUCAGGAUCCAAGUCUAAAGUGGGAUUUUUACAGCAGCUCAGUGUUUGAGACGGAUCAGGAGGCCUGUUGGGACUUCCUACUUUCUCAACCUGAAGAGGAAGACAAUGAAGAAUGGAGAGAUCAGGGAAAAGAAAAGGACAUGGACUGCCUUUUGUUUGAGUUCUCCUCUGAACCCCUAUUACCCUGCUACCAUGUUCAAGUAUCACUAACACAGGGUUAUUGUAACUGGUUUCUGCUGAUGGAUGUGUUGAAGCGCCUGAAGGUCUCAUCUCGUAUCUUUCGAGCAAGGUACCCUCAGUUUGAGGUGGUAAUCCUCACAAGGGCAGAGCUUUGGAGGCAGGUGAGCAUUAGUCAGACAUGCACUGCCCCAGAUGAGCUGCGACCUGUUGAUGAGGAGGAGGAUGAAGAGACAGUCGAGCUGGUGCGAUGCAUACCAGAGUUGCAGGGACUGCUAGGAUCAUCCAUCCAGCUUCUACAAGAAGAGGACGAUGAUGAUGAGCAGUCAGAGGUCCGAGAUAGCCUCUGCAACCGAUAGCGAUGGGUAGCUGUUCAUGGGAAGCAAAUGCCUGUGAACAGCUGACUGAGUAGUUGUUCACAGGCUUUUGCACCUGCUUAUUUACUGGUAGAUACUGCUACUAAAACCAGCACUUUGUACGUACACAGAAGGGCUCAUCAAAAACAGAUGAGAUCCUCACAGAACACGCCCUUCAUGCAGAAUUACCUUCCUUUACAGCAACAGAAGAGGUCUUUUUAGACUGACUUGCCUUGGAAUCACUCACCAGGGAAGGGAGGACUAGCAGUGUGGACAAUGUAAAUUUCUGUUCCCAACCUUUAGGUAUUUUUCACUGUCCAGUAACCUCUCUCAAAUCUUUUUAUAUGUAUAAACCUAUAAGUAUAUGUAAAUAUAUAUGUAUAUAUUGACAUCAGGGUGAGCCCAGUUUUGUUGUAAUUUAUCAUUGAUAUGUUUUAAUGUUUGUUUAUUCCUGAGGUUAUGUGAAUAGUUAUGACAAGGUGCCUAAGGCAUUAUUUUUUUUGUUUGGUUAAUUUUGGGGAAAUAAGAGUUUUAUGGCCAGCUCAUUGUGGCAGGAAGGACUCUGGGACAGAUGGUUCCUCUGUAAACCUGAGAGAGUCUGUUUCAUACUCUCUCUGUGAGGAUCCCUAACCCAUAACAAAUAUCAAUUGGCCUUGCCGUCCUUUACCUCACUGUACCUAAGCUCACAUUGCCACCAAAGCUCUGCUUCUGACAUAUUCAAUGGUUGCAUUAAUCUUGGCUGGUUUCUUUGCACUGUAGCAGGCAAAGGAUUAUUCUUUCAUGUUUAUAAAACCCCGUUAAUUCUGAUUUUCAAGACAAGGUAUUGAGAUAUACAUAAAUGAGGAGUUUCAUUUUAUGUUUACAAAACCUCAAGAGAUUAGUGGAUAUCAAAGGUAUGAAGUUCCUUGUUCAAGCAAGAUGUCAAAACAAACCUGUGGAAUUUUUUUAGGGACUUUGUUCUGGAUGUUGCCUAGCACCUUGUUCAGUUUAAGGUCAUGAGAGCAGACUUCUCUUGCGUCCCUUGUUUUCCCAGUGUACCAGUGAGGCAUUGUGGUGCAUGGUGUGUUUUAUUUACAUGGUUUGACUGUUUGUGUUUAAUUUAAUAGUCAUUAAUAUAUUUGACUUUUUGUGUAUCAGACAAAUGAUAUAUGAAAGUUGCUUUGUAUGGUUGGUGCUUUAUUUGAAAUGUACAAUUAAUGAUCCCAUUACCCUAAGGAUGUUGUGUUCUUCACUCCAAACAGUGUUUUAACAAGCAAAAGUACAGUUUUAUUGUACUGGUGCUAAGAUAGAUUUUGUGUUGACAAUCACUGACCUUUUUUGAACUGAAACCAAUAAAUGCUAUUUAACUGAAGAGUGAUAAAUGUAAAGAGAGAGUUUAGUUUCAUUACCAAAGGAGGUCCACCAAGCCGUAAAGAACACUUGAUUUUGAAGGUUUUUUGUCUGUGUGAUGCGCAAAGGGGAUAUGUUUAUCUGAUUCCUUUUAAAAAGAAAUCAACCAGAAUAAAGCAUGAUUGUCAA